GUCCCAGUUGACAUGGUUGUGAAUGCAACCUUGGCAGCCAUGGCAAAGCAUGGGUCAAGUAGGGAGCCAGGCAUGCACAUCUACCAAAUUGCUUCUUCUGUUAUUAACCCGCUAGUGUUCAAAGACUUGUCUAGGCUUCUCUUUGAACAUUUUAAGUCUUUUCCUUGCAUGGACCCUAAAGGGAGACCAAUUAUAGUCCAUCCAAUGAACCUCUUCAGUGACAUGAAUGAAUUCUCCUCCUAUGUUUGGACGGAUGCUUCUCAAAGGAGUCGAAAGUUAGCUGCUGCUACGUCACAUGAAAAACUAUCUAAAAGAUUGCAGAACAUAUGCAUGAAAUCAGUGGAGCAAGCCAAGUAUCUAGCUAACAUAUAUGAGCCAUAUACUUUCUAUGGUGGAAGGUUUGAUAACGCAAAUACUCAAAAGUUAAUGGAAGAGAUGUCUGAAGAAGAGAGGACAAGCUUUGAUUUUAAUGUGGGAAGCAUCAGUUGGAAGGAUUACAUCUCUAAUGUUCAUAUUCCCGGAUUAAGAAGGCAUGUUAUGAAGGGCAGAGGCAUGUGUACAAAAUCCCAACUUGUGGGCACAACACUAUGA